AUGGCUUCUAAUGAAGAAGGCUCAAUUGGAACCUCCUUGCAUGGAGUCACAGCAAGAGAACAAGUCUUCUCCUUCUCCGUCGAUGCUUCAUCCCAAACCGACGAUCCCACGGCUAAAUUCGCCCUUCCGGUGGAUUCCGAACACCGGGCCAAAGUGUUCAACCCACUCUCAUUUGCUAAGCCUCACAUGAGAGCCUUCCAUUUAGGAUGGAUCUCGUUCUUCACUUGCUUCAUUUCAACCUUCGCGGCCGCACCUUUAGUUCCCGUCAUCCGCGACAACCUCGACCUCACCAAAACCGACAUUGGAAACGCCGGAGUUGCUUCCGUAUCCGGCGCCAUUUUCUCAAGGCUAGCCAUGGGAGCGGUUUGCGAUCUCCUCGGUGCUAGGUAUGGAACCGCCUUCUCCCUCAUGCUAACUGCCCCAACCGUCUUCACAAUGUCGUUCGUGGCCGACGCGGGCGGAUACUUAGCCGUCCGGUUCAUGAUCGGAUUCUGCCUCGCCACGUUUGUUUCGUGCCAGUAUUGGACCAGUGUCAUGUUCAAUGGCAAGAUCAUAGGACUAGUCAAUGGUUGCGCCGGUGGGUGGGGGGAUAUGGGCGGUGGAGUGACUCAGCUACUUAUGCCGAUGGUCUUCCAAAUCAUUAAACUCGCCGGAGCAACUCCGUUCACGGCAUGGCGCAUAGCUUUCUUCGUUCCCGGUUUUCUCCAAGUUAUUAUGGGCAUUCUUGUCCUCACUCUUGGCCAAGAUCUCCCUGACGGUAACCUAAGUACUCUUCAAAAGAGCGGUCAAGUUUCUAAAGACAAAUUCUCCAAGGUUUUCUGGUUCGCUGUGAAGAACUACAGAACAUGGAUUUUAUUCGUUCUUUAUGGAUCUUCAAUGGGAAUUGAAUUAACUAUCAACAACGUUAUCUCCGGAUAUUUCUACGACAGGUUUAACCUUAAGCUUCAAACAGCUGGUAUUGUAGCAGCCAGCUUCGGAAUGGCAAACUUCUUUGCCCGUCCCUUCGGUGGCUACGCUUCUGAUGUAGCUGCUCGAAUCUUUGGCAUGAGAGGCCGUUUAUGGACCUUGUGGAUCUUUCAAACCGUAGGAGCUCUCUUCUGUAUCUGGCUAGGUCGUGCUAGUUCACUUCCCAUAGCGAUCUUAGCAAUGAUGCUCUUCUCAAUCGGUACACAAGCCGCUUGUGGAGCUCUCUUUGGGGUUGCGCCAUUCGUCUCUCGCCGCUCUCUAGGCCUCAUAUCGGGGCUAACCGGCGCAGGCGGAAACUUCGGGUCCGGUUUAACUCAACUGCUUUUCUUCUCAUCUUCGAGGUUUAGUACAGCGGAAGGACUCUCAUUGAUGGGUGUUAUGGCGGUUGUGUGCACAAUCCCGGUUGCGUUUAUACAUUUUCCGCAAUGGGGAAGCAUGUUUUUGAGACCGUCAAGCGAUGGAGAAAGGUCGAAAGAAGAAUAUUAUUACAGUUCUGAGUGGACAGAGGACGAGAAGCGACAAGGGUUGCACGAAGGAAGCAUCAAGUUUGCUGAGAAUAGUCGGUCUGAGAGAGGCCGGAAAGUAGCUUUGGCUGACAUUCCAAGCCCGGAGACCAGAACUCCGAGUCACGUUUGA